UGCCUCCAAAGUUGAGUACAUCUUUCGGGUUAAGGCUCACGCUGGGCGUGGGCUAACCGGCGAAGGGGGAAAACCUCGUAGGAAAUUGCCUAGGUUUGGAGUCAAUCACCAGGUCAGGAACAAAAUUCGUAAAUUUUUACGCGGGAUAAAAUAAAUUCUUUUGCAAACUGUAAUUCAUCUCAAACCAUUGCGUGAAGUAGAGUGUUUUUCUGUCGAAGCACAAAAUUCUUUUUUUGGGUGCUUUAAUAUUUGGUUUUCCCUUUUCUUCACUUCUCUCUCUCUCUCUCUCUCUCUCUAGCUCCCCAUCAUUCUGUCUCCCAAUUUCGACCCAGAGGCAUGCUCCAAGCAACCAUUUCUGAAUUGGGCAGCGCUUUAUUUUAAGGAUCUCUUAUCAAAAUCCGUUCUUGAGUCGAUGGUCAUCUCCUUCCCCGUGCUUAGUGCUCGUACUUACCCUCUUUUCCAACCCCUCUUCUGUUGUUCGCUUAUCGACGGAUGAGUGGUGGGCGGAAAUCGUAAAGCUUGAUUCAAGAGAAGGAAGAAGAGCCGAUCUUUUCUCGUCGUAAGAAAAUGGUCGCAGGAUGUAGGCAAAGAUGAGAGCUUUGCAGGUUCUGAAGUUCACGGCGUCCAGAUGAUGAACCAGGUGGUGAAGGUCCGGAGGGUGACCCUUGCAGCUUGCAUGACAUGCCCUCUUUGCAAGAAACUGCUCAGAGAAGCCACCACCAUCUCGGAAUGCCUUCACACUUUCUGCAGGAGGUGUAUUUAUGAGAAACUCACUGAUGAGGAGGUUGACUGCUGCCCUAUUUGCAACACUGAUCUCGGUUGUGUUCCUGUGGAGAAACUCAGGCCAGAUCAUAAUUUGCAAGAUGUGAGAAACAAAAUAUUUCCUCUCAAAGGAAGCAAGGGCAAAGCAGCAGAUAUUGUGCCUUCCAUUACAUUGCCUGUUAGGAGAAAGGAGAGGUCUCUUUCAUCAUUGGUUAUUAGUACCCCACGUGUAACAACACAAACUGGCUUAACUGGGAGAAGAACUAAAUCUAUUGCUAGAAAAGCUGCUUCUUUACGUGGGUCGAACUUUGCCAAAGACGAACCUGUAAAAAUCAAAGCAGAAAAUGCAGAAGACCAUCAUGAUAGCUCAUGUUCUCAUGAGACCCAAGACACAAUCACACAAAGGCAGAAUCCAUCCAAUGGAGAGCCAUCAAACUACGUUUGUAAUAUCAAUACAGAGAAUGGAGCAGAGCAGCAGCUUGGAAAAUCUGGUCUUUGGAAACCUUUGAAUUGUCUGUUAGAGGCUGCAACUAGGUCGAAGUCAUUUAAGUCAAACUUUCAAGCUUCUUCUGUCAAGGCAGAGCAAGCUGACAACCCCGAUAGUGGUGUGAAUGUUCACAAGGCCAAGUUUAAGGAGCAUGCUCGUAAACCAAAACUUCAGGAUGAUAAAAAAGGCACUGCUUCUGCACGUUCAGGGUUGGGUAAAGCUAGAAGGCUUCAUGGGAUUAGCCGGAAGCGAGCAGCUAUGUCGAGGGAGAUAAGCAUCCCAUCUCAACCCAUGGUUACUCCUUCCUGCUUGAAGCGUGAAAAGAAAAUAAGUCAUGUUUGGUUCUCCCUUGUGGCUUCUGAUAACCAGGAAGGAGAUGAGGCUCUGCCACAAAUUUCUGCGUGCUAUUUAAGAAUAAAAGAUGGAAACAUUCCAGUGUCAUUUAUAAAGAAAUACCUGGUCAAGAAACUAGAUCUCAAGAGUGAAGCAGAGGUGGAAAUCUCAUGUUGUGGACAACCUGUCCUCCCAAGCUUGGCAAUGCAUAGCCUUGUAGACUUGUGGCUGAGAAAGUCAUCCACUUCGAAAAGGGUAGCAGCUGCUUCAGGUUCCUCAGCCAAAGAUUUGGUGAUGGUGCUCGCCUAUGCUAGGAAAUCUUCAGUCUCUUGAAAAAAGAAAGCUGCUUCUUGGAAUAAAUAAGUUGCGCUUCUCCCCUCCUUUUGUAUGGACUAGCUGAGUAUUAAUUCAGUUGUUAUGAUUGUUUAUUGGUUGUCCUGAAGAGAUAUCUGGCGUUCUUCUUCCAUUCGUGGAUUCAUUAGUCAUUUUUUUCCUGUGUGAAUGUUUUGCUGUGUGGGUAUGUGUCGGAGAGGGAUACUUACCUGGACUGAGUUAAUCGGAGGGGUGGGGGGAUAGAGAGAGAGAGGUCUCCUAUUAUGAGUAUGUUCUACAUUGUAUUACGGUUAAGAACAAAACAUUGUUAAUGCUGGCAUUUAUGAACCCAUUUUCCAUCUUCUAUUCA